AUCAAAGAGAUCUAUAUGUUGUCUGGUGGUAUAUGGUAAUAUGCGUAAUAUUUGAGUGCAUGGUGUAUAUUAGCUUUGGUGUAACCAGUUGCAACCUUGUAAAGUUUUAGGUUAGUGCCGUCUGUCACCUUUGCGAUGUCACAGUCACAGACAACAGCUAAUACUGGUACGUCUUCGCGUAACAGACAUAAUAGGGAACACGAUGUUGGAAAUCCUUCGUCUACCGCUUCACCGCGAUAUGCUGGUGACAGCGAGUGGGAAACAAAAGAGGCACUGCGUCAAAGAGAAUUGGAAGAAGCCAGAGCUCGAGCAGCACAAAUGGAAAAAACCAUGAGAUGGUGGUCAGACUGCACCGCAAAUUGGCGAGAGAAGUGGAGCAAGGUGCGCAAUGAAAGAAAUAAAUCUCGGGAAGAAGCAAAAAUUCUGAGGAACAAGUUGGAAGUGGCAAUGAAAGAUGCAAACAAUUUCAAGCAUGAGAAUCAAGAAUUGGAGAUUCGAAACGAACAGCUACGUAAAGAAUUGCAAAAACUACAUCUUGUAUUGUUAAAACACGCUGGACAAUUUGAUCGACAAAUCGUAGCGAUUUUGGAAUCUGAUCCUGAAUUAAGACGAGCAUUGGGAGUUAAUGAGCUCCUCGAAGUUUAUAAUAAUGUUGAGCAGUGUGAGAGAGAAAUAUUGAUGAAUAGUCCGAAGGAUUCAAUGACGCGACGAAGUCCAGAGGAAGAGACUCUUACCAAUCUCGAGCACAGAAACACUCCACCUAAUCGAGAUAUUGAGGAGUAUGUUUUGCAGGGUGCAGUUCCAAAACAUGCCGUUGAACUUUACAAAGAUAGCCCUAUGGGAAGCCUUGAUAGGGACAUCGCAAACUUACUGGUCGAAAAUAACGAAACCAAUAUCGCUACGAACUCACCUGAAUUAUUCGUAGAAAGUCCUGUAGCCAGUUUAGACCGCGAUAUCGCUAAACUCAUUGCCGAAAGCAAUGAAAUACAAGAUAAAAAUGAAAAGCGACAGUCCGCCCUUGAUAUUAGCAACGACGAAUAUUUAAUGCAAAAAAUGUCAAUGCUUAAUCUUAGACUCGAAGAAGCUACCCGAACAAUUUCGGCGGAACGAGAAGAAAAAUCAUCACUCCAUCGAGGGAUGGAAAAAUUACGUUCUGAAACGAUACAACUUCGGGAACGCUGUGAAGAGCUCCAAAAAAGUCGAGCUGAAGCAAUACAGGAGUUAAUGGAGAUGAGAGAGCGUUUUCAAACGGAAUUAAGCGCUGCGCAGGCAGAUCUCAUCGACGAGGCAUCAAAUCGUGAGGGAAUGGAUCAACGUUUGUGCGAACUCAGGACGGAGUUGGAAAGACUACAGGCGGAAAAUGCAGCUGAAUGGGGCAAACGUGAGCGUUUAGAGUCUGAAAAAAUUUCCCUCGAACGUGAAAAUAAAAAAUUGAAAAAUGAAAUUCGCGAAUUACAAGAAAGAAAUGAAUCUCGACGAGGACGACCCAUUUCAACCGUGCACACAGAUUCUUCGCAGGAAAUCGUUGAUCGUAGCAAGGAGUUGUCCGAUUUGAAGCAUUCGUACUCAAAGUUAAAGAAAGUACUCGCCGAAAAGACGACAGAAUUGUCACACGCACUUAGAAGAUCCGAACAGUACGAGGCCGAAGUUAAAAGAGUACGAUCCCGAGUCGAUGAGCUUAAAAGAGAACUGUCAGGUGCCCAGGAUGAGGUUGACGCUGCAACGAACAGUGUGCGAAGGCUACAAAGAGCCAACGAGGAUCUUAUCGAACAAUUAGAAUCCGCCAAUGUGCAGAUCGAGCAUUUCAAAAAUAGUUCCGACAAUUGUGCAUCCGAGGUUGGCACGGAAACGACUGAUGGUCGUGAACGUGACGACGACGACAAUGAUGGAUCUAUUGAUGAUUACGAAAGUCAUAGAGUUUAGCAUAACUGCGGCGCCAAUGGAAAACGAGUCUUGUUUCGUCAACCUUUUAUGACUCCUUUACAUCGAACUUUUUUUCCAUUUCCGAAAUCGAUGAACAAUUUGAACAUGUUAGUUGUGUUCACAUUUCUAAUAAUAAUGACCCAACUCAGAAGAGAAUUGAAUAUAAAAUCUUGUAAAUGUGUACAAAUAGGCAAGAGGUCGUAAAGCAGGAGUAAAAGAAAAAUUUAGCGAGGUAUCAUGGAUUUUCUAUGUUCUAACUUUUCCAUCAUCACAUAUUUACGCCAUUAUUUUUGUAUAUUUUUAUUUCCUGCAAGAUUCAUGCCGAUCAAAGGUCUUAAAUUAUUACUCUAACUUAAUUUUUUGUUAAUUUAUUUCCCACCGUACGACGUACAAACUUUUUUGAACUAACUUUUUGUUUUUUAAUUGUAAUCAGAUGUACAUAAAGAACAUAUGUACUAUCGUUGUACAUAUUGUGCUGUGAAUUAUUUCGAUCGAUCGUGGAAGUCCAUUUGACAAUUAAUCCAUGAAUUCAAAUUUCUCCGUGAAGUCGAAGGAAAUAUUCUUUCUCUCAAACUUUUCAGGUGUCAUUAUUUCCAUACCUACCAUUAAAGUUGUACUGUUCUCUAUAUCCAAACAUACUAUCAAUUUAUUAGUGACACGAUAAAGCGUUUAUUCAUUCCGUACCCAGAUUUGAAACGUUUUGAGCUUUAAUCUGCCCGAGAAGUUUCAAACACGAACCAGAGUUCGGAUUUUUAUUUGAAAUGAACUUAGAACACAUGCAACUGAUUUUGACCAAUGAAAAAAGAAUAGGGGAGGUCUUUGAUAGUGAAAUAGCGGGAAUUGUAAGCACUAACUAUCGUGGCGAUAUGUGAUUGGAGAAUAAAUACUGUUGUAGAUGUACUGCAGUAAUUGAAAAACGAAACUGUUUACAACUCGUGAUCAUUCCAAACUUCAAACACUUUUUAGUUUUUUUUUAUCUCGAACGAACGAUCGCAGUUUUUUUGGUUUCCUACAAUUUGUUACUUCUACAUAUUUACAAUUUGUUUUGAAUGUUUGUGUACUUUUAAGUAGUAAAUAAUUUUCGAACAAAAAUAUGUGACCUGUUUUAAUAGAAACAUCGCGGCACCAAGUGAAGGCCGCCUGAAAAGUUCAAGCGAAAAAAUGUAUCUAAGUUGCCGGAGCAAAUCAUUUCUACAAAGACUGAGCUUGACUUUAUUAGGGUAAAUCCAUUAUCGAUUUUCGUGUGAAAUAGGUUGAGAAGUUAAAAGCAUUUCAAUAAUUCUACUCGAGUUUUGAAAUGUUUUUUUUUUUAAUACUUCAUCUUGCUACCUGCAAGAUUUGACACAGAUAUACAAAUUAGUUUCUUAGAUAUUGUCCGUUGAGCCAGAGUUUAAUGAACACUGAAAAUAUUCGAAAUUAGAAACCAUUGAAACAUUGGAUAUUCAUAGAAUAAUAUUUUUGAAAGGACCGUGUUGGAGUUUAAGAAUGUUUAUCGUUUUCAAAAUAGUAAAAAUAAAAUUUGAAUAUUCGUCUGUCUAA